ACCGGGCUCCGUGGGAUCUCGCCUGCAUCCCGUGGGAGAGAUAACCAGCCAUGUCGGACACCGAAGAGAUCGUCGAAGAAUAUGAAGAGGAACAGGAAGAGGAAUAUGUUGAAGAAGAAGAGGAAGAAUGGAUAGAGGAAGAAGACGAUCAGGAAGAACAGGUAGAGGAAGUGGAAGAGGAAACAGAAGAAACCAAGGCAGAAGAACAAGAAGAUGAAAAUAAGGCACCAGGCACAGGUGGAGAGGGGGACAGAGAGCAGGAUCCUGGGGAAGGUGAAYUGAAGCCAAAGCCCAAGCUCUUCAUGCCAAACCUGGUGCCCCCUAAAAUCCCAGAUGGGGAGAGAGUGGAUUUUGAUGAUAUCCACCGCAAGCGCAUGGAGAAGGACCUAAAUGAACUACAGGCCCUCAUCGAAGCCCACUUUGAGAGCAGGAAGAAGGAGGAAGAAGAGCUGAUGUCCCUCAAAGACAGGAUUGAACAACGGCGAGCAGAGAGAGCAGAGCAGCAGCGCAUUCGCAGCGAGAGGGAGAAGGAGCGCCAAGCCCGCAUGGCCGAAGAGAGAGCUCGCAAAGAGGAAGAGGAGGCCCGGAAGAGGGCUGAAGAGGAAGCCCGGAAGAAGAAAGCGUUCUCCAACAUGCUGCAUUUUGGAGGCUACAUGCAGAAGACAGAGAAAAAAGGUGGAAAGAAGCAAACAGAGAGGGAGAAGAAGAAGAAGAUCCUCAGUGAGCGGCGGAAGCCCCUGAACAUUGACCACCUCAGYGAGGACAAUCUAAGAGACAAGGCCAAGGAGCUAUGGCAAAGCAUCCGUGAUCUGGAGGCUGAGAAAUUUGACCUGCAGGAAAAGUUCAAGCGGCAGAAAUAYGAGAUCAAUGUUCUCCGAAACCGCGUUAGCGAUCAUCAGAAAGUUAAAGGGUCAAAGGCUGCCCGUGGGAAGACCAUGGUGGGUGGCCGGUGGAAAUAGAUGACUUCAAAGGCAAAGAACACCUGAAAAGUACAUCAGCAUGAACUGGAAUUUGGACCAUUAAUUUCAGUUG